UCACCAGCAGGUUCCCAACUCCGCUACCAAAGGAGGAGGAAUUGGCUGAGAAGAUAUAUUCUUUCUAUCUAUAUAUAUAUAUUUUUUAACCUUCUUCCUCCAGAGUUGGCAGCAUCACAUCUCGUAUCAUUUUCAAGGGGUCGACUUUAAAAACGAGCCACACCAUUGAUGUCUUAAGCUGUCGUCGUGGAGCAAAGGGAGAGCGUUUGUGUGUGCGAGUGUGUGAGUGUGUGAGCGAGUGUAUGUGUCGUGUGUGAUUUUUCUUUUUUUUUUUUCUUUUUUUUUUUUUUUACAAAAAAAAAAAAAAGAAGAAGAAGAGGAGAGAAGGCAGGGAUGGAAGAGCUCACCGCUUUCGUGUCUAAGUCUUUCGAUCAGAAAGUGAAGGAGAAGAAGGAAGUGAUAACCUACAGGGAGGUGUUGGAGACCGGGUCGACGCGAGCAGGGAGCAGGGAGUCUUUAUCCGCGGAGCCGGGGAGCCGAGAGGAGGCGGCAGCCGUCACACGGAACGUUGCGCUCUCGCCGGGAAGGGAAACGGACAUGCUCGGGCCGGAAAGAACCAGGGACGCCGGGAGCCCCAAACUCAUAGACGGCAACACGGACGUGAAGGAAAGGAAAGAGGACUCGAAGCCUAUAGAGGACGAAGCACAGACUAAAAUCAAACAGAGGAGAAGUCGGACUAACUUCACAUUAGAGCAACUCAACGAGCUGGAGCGGCUCUUCGACGAGACCCACUACCCGGACGCCUUCAUGCGGGAGGAGCUUAGCCAGCGGCUGGGACUGUCGGAGGCCCGAGUGCAGGUUUGGUUCCAGAAUAGAAGAGCCAAAUGCAGAAAGCAGGAGAACCAGUUACAUAAAGGAGUCCUGAUUGGAGCAGCGAAUCAGUUUGAAGCUUGUCGUGUAGCGCCAUAUGUCAACGUGGGGGCUUUACGGAUGCCAUUCCAACAGGAUAGUCAUUGCAACGUGCCGCCCUUCUCCUUUCAGGUGCAGGCGCAACUGCAGCUGGACAGCGCCGUGGCCCACGCGCAGCACCACCUGCACUCUCACCUGGCAGCGCACGCGCCCUACAUGAUGUUCCCCGCGCCGCCGUUCGGGUUGCCGCUGGCGACGCUCGCGGCUGAGUCCGCUUCUGCCGCGUCCGUCGUGGCCGCCGCCGCUGCAGCCAAGAACACUAGCAAGAACUCCAGCAUCGCCGACCUGAGACUGAAGGCCAAAAAGCACGCGGCCGCGCUGGGACUGUGACGCCAGGUAGUCGGGAGGACACGAGGCGUGCACGCACUAUAUACCACGUCCUAGUGACUGACAGACACUGAACAUAAACGCUUAGGCUGCAAGGUGAAAAAAAAAAAAAUAUCCAAGGACAAAGUGAGAAAAAAUUAUCCAAGGACGAUAUUUAUGUUUUUCUAAAUGAAGGACGACGAGUAUAACUAUAAAAAAAUAUAGGCUAUUUAUGAGAUAAAGAACAGACAAUGAAAAAAACUGUGACUUGAUAGCCUACACAGAUGUGAUUUCUUUUUUUUUUUUGACGUCAAAAAAAGUGGCGGAUGGGAUGGAUGAUAGCGAGGCUACGCAGGGUCCUUCUCUGCAGCCACCGGGCUGGAGAGGGCGGCUGGACACCCUGAGGAGGAGGAGGAGGAGGAGGAAGAUGCAGCUGGGACGGUCGAUACUUUGUCAAACAAGGCGAACCAUUCUGCAGUUGUUUCGUUCCGUUUUAAUAUUAUAUUAUUAUUGUUCUGUUUUCAUUUUGAACCUAUAUUAGAGGCUGGCCUCGUUUUGAAACACUCAAUCUCUGUGAAAGGACAGAGCGGGAAUUAUUUGCCAAAAAAAAAACAAAAACAAAAACAGAUACAAAAAAAAGAAAAAAGGACAGUAUUCGAAGUGUUUGUC